AUGGAGCAGUUGGAGGAGGAGAGGGUAGGAAUCCACAAGAGUAUAAAUAUCUACUGUAAAAGAUUAAUCACGGCGUAUUACUCAAUUUUAGAGUCGUGCCAAAUCGAUACCACUCAGGAUUCCAUUCUAAGAACACAAAUCGAUAAUUUCCAAGUCAAACUACACAAUGACUCAUUUAUGCACUCGUGUCGGAGUUUAUGUUCCAUAGCAGCUGAUUUGGCGAUAAGUUCGAUAUUGCACAGUACAAACGAGAAUACUGCGUCUAAUCAACUAGAAGAAAUGGAACAACUUUAUCAACUACAACAACAAAUCAAACAACAACUUAACAUCAUCACACAAUAA